AUGCCUCUCCCGGUCCUCUCCAAACAACCAAUACCUGGGGUCACCCUCUCGGUAGCAAGCCUCAUCGCCCUUGCCGAUCUCCAUACCAUCGCGAACCGCGCUGCGCUUACGGGGACGUCUUCCUGGGCCGACGCCCUGGUCCUCGCCCCGGGCUUGCACUACCAGCAUGCAGCCGAAUGUGUCGCGGGCAACAGCGGUAACGGGACCUCCUCCGAAGCCUCUAGCUCUGGCGGAGAUGAUGGUAACGGCGGCAGAAAGUCCACGAGACCAGCCGGCGUCUAUGGCACGCAGGAACACCCCGGCGGGCGGACGACAGACUUCCGGGUCACAAACCCGGGGAUGCUACUCUUUCUAUCGCAACUCAGGGGCCGGGAAGAGCGCGCGCAGCAGCAUGAAAGAAAGACAAGGAGGAAACGGACCGACAGCAGAGUCGAAGCUCUUGGAACUGACUCCGACGACAGCGGGGGCGAGGAGAAGGUUAUCGACGUCGACAUCAGCCCGUCUGGCCACCGCCACCACAGGCACGGCGAGGCCUCUGCGCACCACCCGCGCUGGAAUGAGCGCGGCAGCCAUCUGCUGUACCUCACGACCCCGGCGCUGACCCUCGCGACUCCAACAGUCAUGAUUUUACUGGCGGACUGUUGUGCUAAAGCGUAG